AUGAAGCUAGGGUUUGCUUGUCGAGUGUCCAAGUCCUCCCUCUGCCCACCUCCGCGCAGACAGCCGCCGCUCCGACCUCCGCUCCCUACGUCUCGUCUCUCCACCCACAGCCCGGCCAGCUACAGCCGCUUCUUCUACCGCUUUCCCAACAGCGAGUCGGUGGCGGACGUGUACGACCGCAUCGCCGGCUUCAGGGAAACCCUGCUCGCCGACAUCGACAUCGGACGCUUCAACCCGCCGGGCUCCACCGCCACCGGCGACAUGAACAUCGUCCUCGUCUCCCACGGUUUCACGCUGCGCGUCUUCCUCAUGCGCUGGUACAAGUGGACCGUCCGCCAGUUCAAGGGCCUCCUCGUGCACCACACCGCCGACGAGCUCAGGGCAUUCGAACUCACCGACGAGAUGCUCAAGGACCAGAUGUGGCAGAAGACGGCUAGGCCCGGUGAGCUCAACCACCGCUUCAUGACCAAUGGACAAUCCUUCUUCCAUCCAUUUACUACAAUCUACUAG